GACUGAGCCUUUUUGAAAAAGAAUGACUUUCUCUGACCGGAUUAAUGCAAGCCUGAAUGGGAACCACACGGGAGAAGCCGGCGGAGCUAAUGGGUCCUUGGCCAGAGAAGAUGGGCAUUCCAACAGCAGUGCCUCCUUAGCUCUGAGACUGACCUUGCAGUCAGUGGGCGUCGGGGUCUUCCUUGCCAUCUUCAUCCUGUUGGCCAUCGUGGGCAACAUCUUGGUCAUCCUGUCGGUGGCCUGCAACCGUCACUUGAGGACCGUGACCAACUACUUCAUCAUCAACCUGGCCAUUGCAGACUUGCUCCUCAGCACCACCGUCUUGCCCUUCUCGGCCACCUUGGAAGUCCUGGACCUUUGGGUCUUUGGCCGGAUCUUCUGCGACAUCUGGGCAGCAGUGGACGUCCUCUGCUGCACUGCUUCCAUCAUGAGCCUGUGCAUCAUCUCGGUGGAUAGAUACAUCGGGGUAAAGUACUCCCUCAAGUACCCCACCAUUAUGACGGAGAAGAAGGCCGUGAUUAUCUUGGGGGUGGUCUGGCUCUCCUCCAUGGUCAUAUCCAUCGGACCCCUCUUAGGUUGGAAGGAGGAACCCCCUGAAAGUGAGGAGUUCUGCAGCAUCACGGAAGAACCUGGCUAUGCCAUCUUCUCAUCCCUUUUUUCCUUCUACUUGCCCCUCCUGGUCAUACUGGUGAUGUACUUCAACAUCUACGUGGUGGCAAGGAGGACCACCAAGAGUUUAGAGGCUGGGGUCAAGAAAGAACGGAACAAGUCCAUGGAGGUGGUGCUCAGGAUCCACUGCCGGAGCGUCCUAGAGGACUCGUUGGCCAGCGCCAAGAGCAAGGGACAUACCUUCAGAAGCUCUCUGUCCGUCCGCCUUUUGAAGUUCUCCAGAGAGAAGAAGGCAGCCAAGACACUUGCCAUCGUGGUGGGGGUCUUCAUUCUCUGCUGGCUGCCAUUCUUUUUCGUCCUGUCUUUUGGUUCCUUCUUUCCUUCACUGAAGCCCACAGGCAUGGCCUUCAAGAUCAUCUUCUGGCUCGGCUACUUCAAUAGCUGUGUGAACCCGAUAAUCUACCCUUGCUCCAGCAAAGAGUUCAAAAGAGCUUUCAUCCGUCUGCUGAAGUGUCAAUGCCGUCGGAGAAGGCCUAUCUGGAGGGUGUACGACAACCAUUGGCGAGCCGCUUCCAUAAACGGUUCUAGCCAAGACUCUGAGAGGGAGCCCCGUUCCAGGAUCUCAACUCUCAAUGGCUCCUUCAUGUUGAACUCCAGCAGCUUGGAAAGAUCAAGUAAAAGAAGGACUCUGAACUUCAAGAGGUGGAGGAUAUUUUCUCCAUUCCAAAAACCAGCCACGCAGCUAAAGGAGAAAAUAAAUGGCCUGUCCCACAGGAUGCGUGGUAGCUCCCUCAAAGGUGGCAUGGCAGCCUCAUUCAAAACAGAGGUGGAGUCAGUCUCCAUUGGGAUCCCCAAUGAAUUCUUGGAAUGCAUUGACUAUCAAAUGUAUGAUGAUUUAACAGACUCUGAGUCCUCUGGGCUUAAAGAAACAGAUAUUUAAUGCUAAUAGGGAACCUUCAGGUUCUUCUGGAUUCAGUUUGGGUUGUCUCCAUCUUAUAAGUGGUUGGCUGACAAAGGUGGGUGCACUCCAUGAGUGAGACAGAUAGACUAACCAAGGUAGUCAUGCCCCAUUGGUAGAGCCCGUGCUUUGCAUACAGAAGGCACCCUCCUCCAUUUGAACCCCAUGUUUCCAAUGAGUAAGGAGCAAUAUAUCACAGUCCUGGUUGGAAACCUCAAAGUGCUCAUGUCUGACCUAAUAUGC